AAGAAAGGCAGGUUAACCCACCAAUUACCAGUAUUAGGAGGUUGAGAUGGGCAAGAAAAACAAGAAACAACAGGUCGAUGUGGUGACAGCUGCCAGUGAUGAUUCCCUGGCUGUCAUUGAUCCUCCCGUGGAGCAUCAUACUCAGCAGGAGGACACUAGUGCGGAGGUCUUCCUAUGGCUGCUGGCCUAUAGUGUCCUCAUGUUCACGCUGCCCUUCUUGGGCUUUUAUGGCGUGCGCAGCUGGCUGCAGGAAUCCUUUCCCCAUCUUGAUCUCUUUACGGUCAACUGUUGGUCAGUUCUCACGGCUGUUGUAGUUGUUAACCUAGUGGUGGCCAUGUAUGUAUUAAAGGCUUUCCGUGAGAAGCCGCCACCACCCUUGGAGACGGUGCAGCAGGAUGAGGAGGAAGAGCCAGAAGCUGUAGAGCCAAAGAAGGAUCAGUAACUAAGUGGCCUAAGUCCUUCAUAAAGAAAUAAUAAUAAUUCCAGGUCAUUUCGAUCUUUAAAAGGACCCGUGACUACGUUUCACUCUUAAUAAAUCUUACUUUGACACA